UAUAAUGUAACCAGUAUGCAUGUACGGUACGGGUUUGGUACGGAGAUUAGGAACAACCCAUUACUCUUCAAAUUGAAGUCACUCAACCCGGAAGUGAAAGAACUACCAAAAGUUUGCAAAUGGUUUUACAAUAAAAAGUCGAAGAAUAUGGACAAAAAACACAAAAGCGAUCCAUACAAUACACAACAAAGAACUCAGCAGGGACAUAGACAAAAAGCAGCAAGUAUGGAUUCGAUUAGCAACUCUGUGUCUGAACAAUCUGCAUCAUUUCCCAUGAACGACUCGUCCAGCGAAAAGGAUACUGGAUCUCCGUCAAAAUCACUGUGUUCCUCUGCUUCUUCAUCCUCUGAAAAUGUUCAGGCCCAUGAAAUGAGAGUUUUCAAAGAAAACUUAAAACACAACAGUCAGUCUGAUGAACCACCCCUGAUGGAGGGAGAAAAGCAACAAGAAUCAACAUGGCGGGAUGUGACGUAUCUGUGUCCGUACAGUGACUUCAUUAAAGGAAAUUUAACCAUUACCAACUACAAGCUCUACUUCAAAAGCACAGAUAGGGAGUGCCCAUUUGCCUUAGAUGUUCCUCUGGGUGUGAUCAGUCGUGUUGAAAAGAUUGGUGGUGUCUCAAGUAGGGGAGAAAACUCUUACUGUAUUGAUCUCACUUGCAAGGAUAUGAGAAAUUUGAGGUUUGCACAUCGCCAGGAGAACCAUUCAAGACGUCUUGUUUAUGAGAAAAUCUUACAGAAUGCUUUCCCACUAUCAAACAAACAGCAAUUAUUUGCCUUUGACUUCAAAGAGGACUAUGGUGUAAAUGGCUGGACAGUGUAUGAUCAUGAGGCAGAAUUCAGGAGACAAGGUGUACCAAAUGACAACUGGCGGAUCAGUAGAAUGAAUGAAAAAUAUGAUGUUAUAGAUACCUACCCUAGUCUGUUUGCAGUGCCAAAACAAGCCACAGACGAGUUUCUCAAGCAAGUGUUGAUCUUCAGAUCCAGAGGCAGAAUGCCAGUUUUAUCAUGGAUUCAUCCCAAAAGUCAGGCAACAAUCACACGUUCAAGUCAACCACUGAUAGGUGUGGCCGGGAAACGAAACAAAGAUGACGAAACAUUCGUUCAGAUGAUCAUGGACGCCAACGCUCAUUCUAACAAAUUAUAUAUCAUGGAUGCAAGACCAAGUAUGAACGCAGUGGCAAAUAAGGCACGAGGAGGUGGGUUUGAAAGUGAGGAUGCUUAUAAUGGAGCCGAAGUUGUCUUCCUUGAUAUACACAAUAUACAUGUGAUGAGAGAAAGCUUAAGAAAAUUGAAAGAUGUAGUAUUCCCGACAAUUGAUGAUUCAAAAUGGUUGAGUAACAUUGAAUCUACACACUGGUUGGACCAUAUCAAGCAAAUCCUGGCUGGAGCUGUGAAAGUUGCAGACAAAGUUGAGAACAACAAGACCUCUGUCCUGGUACAUUGUAGUGAUGGUUGGGACAGGACGGCCCAGCUGACAGCACUUGCAAUGAUCAUGUUAGAUCCCUACUACAGAACCAUCAAAGGAUUUGAAGUUCUUAUAGAGAAAGAAUGGCUUAGCUUUGGCCAUAAAUUUGCACAGAGAGUUGGACAUGGUGAAGACAAACACUCUGAUGCUGAUAGGUCUCCUGUCUUCUUACAGUUUAUAGACUGUGUCUGGCAGAUGACAAAACAGUUUCCGAAUGCAUUUGAGUUCAACGAGCAUUUCCUGAUCACAAUCCUUGAUCAUUUAUACAGCUGUUUAUUUGGAACAUUCUUGUGCAAUUCUGAGGCACAGAGACUAAAAGAACUGAAAGUGAAGGAGAACACACAGUCUCUGUGGUCAUUCACCAACUGCCAGAUAGAUGAAUUUAUGAAUCCACUAUAUGCAGAGUACUUACAUAAACAUGUACUGUUCCCAGUGGCCAGUCUGAGACGUAUUGAGAUAUGGACAGGAUAUUAUUGUAGAUGGAAUCCCAGAAUGAGACCUCAGGAACCAAUUCAUUUGAGAAAUCGAGAACUUCUAGUAUUGAGGGCACAACUACAACAGAAAGUUGAAGAACUGCAGAAAGAAUUAGAGAUAAAAAAUUCCCGAGGAAUAUUACAGAGUUCUCCACCUAGAAUGUCAUCACCAGUCAAUGUAUAGUAUACGCAGAAUGGUAGAAGGAAACCAUUCUACUUAAGAAUCCUGUAUUUGUACAAGACUUGCAGGCAUCACAAAGAAAAGUGGCAUUCAGGAAAGUGAUGGAGAAAUUGGAUUUAAAACCAUUAAAUGCUAGUUCAAUUUACAUUAAAUAUAUGCAUUUGUCAUAUUGUUAAACCAUUGAUAUUGUGGGUGACACAUUUAUUAAAACCAGAAAUUCCAGUGACUUGGAAUGAUUGCACAUUGACUAAAGCUGGGGACCAGGCAGUAUAUGGUGUUCUGCUGACUAUGUUACAUGGCUUCAUGAGGAACUAACAUGACUUUGUACCCCUAACAUGAUGAGAGACUUACACAAUAGUCACACAUUUGGUGGCCUAAUUUCACAGUUUCAGAAUUGAACCAAUGACCUUCAAAUACUGUUUGAGAUGGAAAUUGAAUAGCUAACACAGUAUGAUAACAUGACAAGUGUAUUGACAAAGAGUUUAAUGAAUACUAAAGAUAUAAAAAGUUACUUGUUGUGCAUUUCAAAAAUAGUUGUUAAUGAAUAUUUAAUAUAUGUUUUGAAAUUUCCCUGUUUCUGUCUAUAAAUUGUAUGCAGUGAUAAGUAAAAUAUGGCAGUGGGGAAGACUGUUGCAGUUAGUUACUAAGA